CAGGGACAGGCCCGCCCCUUCUGCCCGCGUUUUCCGCGGCCGUGGCGGGGGCCACCCGGUUCCAUUCAUUCGGGGCCCUGCUCCCCGCUCCCAGCCCAGGACCAAAGUCCGGCGCGAAGCUCGGCCGCGCCCGGACUCUUGGGACCCAGCAUCCGCUCCCCUCCAGUUUUACAGACUGGGAAAACUGAGGAGGGGACCGCUGACCAAGGUGACCCCGAGUCCGGAGCGGAGCAGCCUUUCUGCCUCCAGGGCCCUUCCGCCACCGCUUCGUCAGCGAGGAGUAUUGGGGAGUAGCGAGGAGCAGGCUCGGAGAUGCCAGUGAGAGCACCAAGUGCUAGUGGAAACACCUGCCUCAUCGAGAUACGGGGGAAAUAACGCAUAAGUGCGGGGCAGCGCGCCUGGCAUGCAGUGGGCACCCAGUUCAGUGGGUGGCAGCCAGCAUGACCCCAGCGGAGACUUGAGGCGGCCUGGGGGAAAACGGCAGCAAGCCAGGCGCCAUGGGGGAGAAGGUGCUUGUCACUGGUGGGGCUGGCUACAUCGGCAGCCACACGGUCCUGGAGCUGCUGGAAGCAGGCUACUCGCCUGUGGUCAUUGACAACUUCCAUAACGCCAUUCGUGGAGGGGACUCCAUGCCUGAGAGCCUGCGACGGGUCCAGGAGCUGACAGGCCGCUCUGUGGAGUUUGAGGAGAUGGACAUCUUGGACCAGGCAGCCCUACAGCGCCUCUUUAAAAAGUACAGCUUUAAGGCUGUCAUCCACUUUGCUGGGCUCAAGGCUGUGGGCGAGUCGGUGCAGAAGCCUCUGGAUUACUACAGAGUUAACUUAACAGGGACCAUCCAGCUUCUGGAGAUCAUGAGGGCCCACGGGGUGAAGAAUCUGGUGUUCAGCAGCUCAGCCACCGUGUACGGGAACCCCCAGUACCUGCCUCUGGACGAGGCCCACCCCACCGGGGGCUGCACCAACCCCUAUGGCAAGUCCAAGUUCUUCAUUGAGGAGAUGAUCCGGGACCUGUGCCGGGCAGACACGGCCUGGAAUGCGGUGCUGCUUCGAUACUUCAAUCCCAUAGGCGCCCACGCCUCCGGCCGCAUCGGCGAGGAUCCCCAGGGCAUCCCCAACAACCUCAUGCCCUAUGUCUCCCAGGUGGCAAUCGGGCGACGGAAAGCCCUGAAUGUCUUUGGUGAUGACUAUGCCACGGAGGAUGGGACAGGUGUGAGGGAUUACAUCCAUGUGGUGGAUCUGGCGAAGGGCCACAUAGCAGCCUUGAAGAAGCUGAAGGAGCAAUGUGGUUGCCGGACCUACAACCUAGGCACAGGCACAGGCUACUCUGUCCUGCAGAUGGUCCAAGCCAUGGAGAAGGCCUCCGGGAAGAAGAUCCCGUACACGGUGGUGGCUCGGCGGGAAGGUGACGUGGCGGCCUGCUACGCCAAUCCCAGCCUGGCCCACGAGGAGCUGGGAUGGACGGCAGCCUUGGGGCUGGACAGGAUGUGUGAAGAUUUAUGGCGCUGGCAGAAGCAGAACCCUUCAGGCUUUGGGGCACAGGCCUGAGGACCUCCUCACCAUGGACCAGAAAAGGAGAAGAGCAGCUCCUGUUUUACAGCGUCCACAGGACCCUGUUACCCUAAGCUCUGGGGCCACGCUGAGGCCACUCUACCUCAAAAUGCCAGCUGCCUGCUCAGCCCUCCAGGCAGGAGACCUCUUGCUCCACUGACCAGGCAGGAGCCUGGGUCUUUCUAACCUAUCUCCCCCAGGGUCCAGGAGCUUCUUUGACCCCCAGAGCAUGUGGGGGAAGGUCUGGGACCACAGCCUCCCCAAGGCACUAACUUAUACUGCUAUGACUGAGCUUUGCAAACUAUUUAAAAUAAAACGUUUUCUUAACCUGG